AUGGGAUUUGGUAAAAGACCAGUACGAGGUGGAAAAAGAAAAUUGGACCGACGUAAUUCAAAAUCAGCUCCAAAACCAAAAGUUAAAAAAGGUAAAUUUAAUUUUCAUGAGUCCUCGUAUGUGAAAGAACGUGAUGCAAAAAAUGCGGAGAUUGAAAACAGAAGAAAAAAAUUAGAAGAACAAGAACAGGAAGAAUUAAAACGAGAAGAAGAGGAGUCCGAUGACGAAGAUCAAGAUCCUUUGGAAAUGUUGCUGUCAACAUUUUCAAAAAAUCGAGAUUUUAAAAAAACUAAGGUAGUCUUAACACCAGUUAUCGAUUCUCAUCAAUUAACUUGGCCGGAGCUUAAUAAACUGAUUGUCCAAAUUCCAAGAUGUGAUUCAACGAAUACUGGAGCUUUAAAAAAAGAUUUUUUAAAAGAAGACAAGCAAUACGCUCAAGCUGGUACAAUCCCUUUGGUAAUUCAUGAUCUUGAUUGGAAUAAAUUGUAUAUUAAAAAUCAAAUUCAGAAUAAUAUUUCAAAAGCCAAUUACGAUAAUAUAAAAGACAGUUUACACAAGGAUCCAAGUGAGCUAACGCGAUUUCAAAAAGAAUUAUUUUCAAUAAUAAAUAAUUACCAAGACUUGCUGUACUGCGAGCGUGGAUUUAAAAAUGAAAAUGAAAUAAUGUUUACUUAUUGUUUGCAUGCGGUAAAUCAUUUGUUAAAAACACGGACUAAGAUUUUACAUCACAAUGCUAAAUUAUCAAAAGUUGAUAAUAAAUCAUUAGCACAAAUACCAGAGGCUUAUCGUGACCAAGGAUUAGUCAGACCGAAAGUACUUAUUAUUGUACCAUUUCGUCAUACUUGUCUGAAAGUUGUUGAAUUAUUAAUAUCGAUAUUAAUUGGCGAUGAUACAGGAGGCUCUGUAAUGAAUAAAACGAGAUUUAUGGAAGAAUUUGGUGGUGGUGCUACUUUGAGAAUGCCGAAAAAAAAUCCUAAGCCAGAAGAUUAUGAAAAAACAUUUUCUGGUAAUAUUGAUGAUGCAUUUAAAAUAGGUAUUGCAUUAACUAAAAAGACAUUAAAAUUAUACACUGAUUUUUAUUCAUCUGACAUUAUAAUAACAUCUCUCGUUGGAUUAAGAAUCUUAAUUGGUGCUGAAGGUGAAGAGCACCGUAACUACGACUUCUUAGCUUCCAUUGAAUUAUUAAUAAUAGAUCAGUGUGAUAUAUUAUUAAUGCAAAAUUGGGAUCAUUUGAUUCAUAUAUUUAAUCAUUUACAUUUACAACCAAAAGAGUUGGAUCACGGUACUGAUUUUUCACGUGUCAGAAGCUGGGCUGUUAACGGCUGGGCUAAGUAUUAUCGACAAUCAUUGAUAUUUUCAGGCGUACAUGUCCCGGAGAUUCACUCGAUAUUUAAUAAAUAUUGUUUCAAUUAUGCUGGGAAGGUGAAAAUAAUGAAUCCAGUAGUGUAUGGUUCUAUUUGUAAAAUAGUUGUACACUUACAACAGAUGUUUCAUAAAUUUGAAGCGGCUAAUUAUCAGCAGGCAAUUGAUGCACGAUUUGAUUUUUUUACAACUAAAAUAUUACCGCAAUACAAGGAUAGUAUUAUGAACCACACAUUGAUAUAUGUACCGUCUUACUUUGACUACGUUAAAUUACGUAAUUACUUUAAAAAAGAAGAAUUAAAAUUUGUACAAAUAUGUGAAUAUACUAAGGAUCCAAAAAUAGCACGUGCUCGUGAUAUGUUUUUUCACAGUGAUGCACAUUAUUUAAUUUACUCAGAACGAUUCCAUUUUUUCCGACGUAUUACUGUUAAAGGUAUACGUCAUAUAAUAUUUUAUGCUCCGCCAUCAUUUCCACAUUUUUACAGUGAAAUGUGUAAUUUUAUGCACGAAUCAAAUCAAAAUCCAAAAGCUGGAUCAAGCAGUAACAUGACUGUCACAACAUUGUAUUCAAAAUAUGACAAUAUGCAAUUAUCAGCAAUAUUAGGCACUGAACGGACAACUAAAAUGAUUCGUUCUGAUAAAAAAGUACAUAUGGUUGUAACUGGUGAAUAA